AGAAAGAAGAGUCACGUCUUGUAAUUAAACUUUCAGAUCUAAAAUCUGAAAACCGAAUUCAAAUUUCCGGUGAGGUACGCUUGUUCGAGCUCCGUGAAAGCGAUCGAAUCUAUGUUUUUGGAUUGAAACUCAAUCCAAGAUCGAUUUUUUUUCAGGUAAUCAAGCUCAUAUUGUUGGUUUUUUUUUUCCUGAAUUUUGGAGCAUAGUAAACCAGUUCUUGUUACCCUAAAGCUUGUUUGAGCUUUGGGGACGAACUGGUUAUUGUGGUAUAGAUAUCCUCUCAAGGUUCUGAUAAAUGGGUAGCUUAAAUUUUUUGAAAUUUGUUAAGUUUGGGAUUGAUUUUUAUGGAUUAUUACUGGAUGUUUGAGCUUUAGAAGCAACUGACCCUUUGAUCAAAGAUCUGAAUCUCUAACUAUAAGAUUCUUUAAUCAUUGAAAUUUGUGAGGAGGCAGCUGGGUAUUUUCACUAUUUGGAUAGGGAUAGCUUGUCAAGUGCAAAUUUUGCCAUCUUUUAAGUUUCUUCAAUCAUAGCGUUUAGGGUUUUGGGUGAGUUAAUUGUUGUUAUUUAAGUUUGUAAACUGAGAUAUUUGUGGAGAGAAAUGGGUGAGAAAUUUUGGGUGAAAAUAGAGGACAAGGUCAUGGUGGAAUCAGUAGUGGGUACUGAAGCAUGCCAGUUCUUGAUCUCAUUAGCUUCUGACAAUGGGAUUUCGGGGUUCAAUACACCGGCUGGCGAUUUGGGUGUGCAGCAAGGGCUUUGCCAAUUAGUUGAAAGCUGUAAUUUGAACUAUGCCAUCUUCUGGCGGGUUGUGAACUUGAAGUCUGGCGGGGCAGCCUUGAUUUGGGGUGAUGGACACUGUAGGACUCAAAAGGGUGGUGGAGCUGCAGAGAAGAGUUCAAGUGAGGGUGGUAAUUUUGAUGGAAGUGAGAACAAAAAGGAGCUGAAGAAGCGGGUGCUUGAGAAACUUCAUGCUUGUUUUGGUGGGUUGGACGAGGAUAAUUAUGCCAGGAAACUAGAUGGAGUGUCAGAUUUAGAGAUGUUUUACCUCACUUCUAUGUAUUAUAAGUAUCAAGUUGAUUCGGUUUGUGGUCCUGGGGAGUCGUACAAGUCUGGUAAAGCAAUUUGGGCUUCUGAUUUAUCUAAUUGCUCUCACCAUUACCAGUCGAGAUCCUUUUUAGCAAGAGUGGCUGGAUUCCAAACAGUGGUGUUUGUACCUGUGAAUUCUGGAGUGGUGGAGCUUGGUACUGUCAAUUCUACCCCAGAAGAUCAAGGUGUUGUGGACAUGGUCAAAAAUGUUUUUGGGGUUGGGAGUUCUAGUUCCUCACAACAGACAACAAAGACAUUUCCGAAGAUAUUUGGACAUGAACUAAGUUUGGGGAGUACAAAAUCUCAAUCUGUCAACAUUAACUUUUCUCCAAAGGUAGAAGAUGAUUCAGCUUUUCCUUCAGAAUCUUUUGACUUGCAAGCAAUUGGUUCUUCUAAUGGUCGAAAUGACUCGAAUGAAAUGAAACUUUUUCCACAAAUGCUUGUUGGAGGUUUCAAUGCCCUCACUAGAGUUACAGGUGUAGAGCCACCCAAGGAUGAUGCAUUGCCCCAGCUUGAUGAACGGAAACCAAGAAAGAGAGGGAGAAAGCCAGCAAAUGGUAGGGAAGAACCCUUAAAUCAUGUGGAAGCAGAGCGGCAGAGGCGUGAGAAGCUUAACCAGCGUUUCUAUGCACUAAGAGCUGUUGUUCCUAACAUCUCAAAGAUGGACAAAGCAUCUCUGCUUGGUGAUGCCAUUACUUAUAUUACAGAUCUCCAGACAAAGAUCAGGGUCAUGGAAACCGAAAAGCAGAUGGGGACUGAUAAGCAGCAGCAGUUCUCAGUGCCAGAGAUCGAUUUUCAAUCAAGGCAGGAGGAUGCAGUGGUGAGGAUGAGCUGCCCAUUGGAUUCCCACCCUGUUUCUAAUGUCAUCAAAGCGUUUAGGGAACAUCAAAUUGUUGCUCAAGAGUCGGAUGUUUCCACCAAUGAAAACGAUAGAAUUGUCCAUACAUUCUCCAUUCAAACUCAAGGUGGUGAUGCUGAGCAACUGAAGGAGAAGCUGCUGGCUGCUCUAUCAAACUGAUGCGAAUGUAGACAUGUAUUUGUAAGAAGUUUAUUUUUCUGCUGACUAACUGAUGAACCUCUUUCAGCUAACAUUAACCUUGUGUACUGUAUAAUACUCGAUAAUGGAACUUUUUAGUAUAAUUCUCAGCGAGAUCA